AAAUGUUGACAGGCUGGUUGGUGAUACUCGGGCCUGUUUUUAGUGCACAACAGUCCGUCUCGGUAAUUCUUCCGUCGCAAGAUGGCGGAGUAUGCGAAUAUCGUCCGAAGGGCUUUGGGGCAAAUAAGAGGUCACGGUGGAGUCCGAGGUUUUCUAACUCAAUUUUUCAGGGUGAAUGAUGUGAAGACAGGACCCCUGGUUGGCGUGGAUAAAUAUGGAAACAAAUACUAUGAGGACAGGAAGCACUACUUCUUUGGACGUCACCGGUGGGUGAUCUACACCACAGAAAUGAACGGAAAGAACACCAUGUGGGAGGUGGACGGCAGCAUGGUUCCAGCUGAAUGGCACCGCUGGCUGCACUGUAUGACAGACGACCCCCCCACCACACACCCACCAGAGCCAAAGAAGUUCCUGGCUGAGGUCCACCAGUUCAACGUGAGUGGCAGCUCACAGCAAUACGUGCCCUACUCCACCACCCGCAAGAAGAUCCACGAGUGGGUUCCACCCAAAGCUGGAGCUCAGUGAACUGCUUUACUGCAUAUUUGUAAAUUAUGGCAUCCUGCCAACAUGUCCUAAAUAAAAUCUCUAAACAGACA